AUGGUGGCCGCAGCAUGGUGAAGGAUAACCCAGCGUGGAUGAACAACAACAACAAAAGUUUCUGGAUUUAAACGGUUAUUUAUUUUUAACUGCCACGUGUCGUUAGAGGUUUGACCGUCUUUAAACCGGAUUAGUCGAAGGACAGCGGCAGAUAUUCCGUUACAACAUGCCUCAUCGAAAGAAGAAGUCGUUCAUCGAAAAGAAGAAGGCCGUGACCUUUCACCUCGUCCACAGGAGUCAGAGGGACCCGCUGGCUGCAGAUGAGAAAGCCCCACAGCACGUCCUCCUGCCCGCCAUCAAGGGGGACACGGAGAAGAGGCGCGAGGAGCAAAGGGACUUUGGCGUUUUCUACGACGACGACUACAACUACCUGCAGCACCUGAAGGAGGCGGUGCCCACGACCGAGCUGGUGGCAGCCGCACCGGCACCCGGCGACAGGCGGCCGGUUCAUCUCCAGGAUGAGGAGAACUCGGAGGAGGGUGACAACACCGUUCCUGCCACUACCAUCAACCUGCCGUCCUCAGUGUUCGCCUCAGAGUUCGAAGAGGAGGUGGGACUUCUGAACAAAGCGGCUCCUAUCUCAGGACCACGUCUGGACUUGGACCCCGACAUCGUGGCUGCUCUCGACGAAGACUUCGACUUCGACGACCCCGACAACCUCCUGGACGACGACUUCAUCGUCAAAGCAAACACAGCGAGUGGAGCAGUGGACAUGAAAGGCGAUGAUGAUGAUGAUGAUGAUGAUGAGUGGGAGGACACAGACGAGGACACAGACGAGGAAGGAGACUUCGACUCUGAAGGUGGGUUUUCGGGCGACGGGGAAGGACGCGCUCCAGAGUUUCUGUUCAUGGACGAGGAGACGAAGAGUCGCUUCACGGAGUACUCGAUGACGUCGUCUGUGAUGAGGAGGAACGAGCAGCUCACCCUGCUGGACGACCGCUUCGAAAAGUUCUACGAACAGUUUGAUGACGAUGAGAUCGGCGCUCUGGACAACGCCGAGCUGGAGGGCUUCAUCCAGCCGGACAGCGCUCGCCUGGAGGAAGUGAUCAAAGACUACUUCAUCCAGAAACAGAAAGAAUACUUGAGGCCCGAUGACCUCGGUCCAAAAGAACUUCCUGUCCUGAAGGAGGAGGAUGAAGAUGAUGAUGAGGAGGAGGAGGAGGAGAUGGAAAGGAUUGUUAUCAAGGGUCCAGAAGAGAAGUGGGACUGUGAAACCAUCAUCAGUACAUAUUCCAACAUGUAUAACAGACCCAAAGUUAUUCAAGAUCCACCAAAGACGAAGCCGAUCCGCGUGUCCCAUAAGACGGGCAUCCCUCUGGACGUCCUUCCUGCCAAAGGCCUCACCGCCAAGCAGGCGGAGCGCAUGACAAUGAUCAACGACUCAGACCUGCCGCGCGUCUCCACGCAGCCCCGCGACAAGGAGGAGAGCACAGAGGAGAGGAAGGCGAGAAAACAAGCCAUCAAGGAAGAACGCAAGGAGCGGAGAGUGGAGAAGAAAGCCAACAAGAUGGCGUUCAUGGAAGAAAAAGUCCGACAGGAGAAGCAGAUGGUGAACCUGAGAACGAACGUUCAAGGCCUGAAGCUUUAGUUACGAACUGCCGAAACUCUGCCCGCACAGACCGCUGGUGGCGUCAGCGGUGGACACGCGGCGCUUCACUUGAGCGGAGCUGACAAAACGAGCCACAAACAGGAGGAGGGGCGGGGUGCCGAGACCCUCGAGUUUCCUCAAAUCAUCUGGAGAUGUUUAAAUAUAUACAGACACACUGGUUUUGCUCAGGCAUCUCAAUCGGUAUUGUAAAUUUAAAAAAAAAAAAAAAAAAAAAAAAAAAAAAGGUAUCGGAACAUCUCUCGUUGAAAUCCAGGAAUACUAAAGCCUGGCUGAUGAUACCACUCAUGUCUGUACGUUAGCAGUUAGCAUCCUUAGCUCUUCUAAAGCUCAAUAGUAAUGCCAUAUAUCUUGUUUAAAAACAGAAGUGUAUAAACAAUAAACCGCCAUGUUAACGGGGGGGGUUUCGGUGGCUCUUAAAGAAACUAGGCACAGUCUGACACCGCCUUCAUAAAAUAUAACCUGUUAAUAACUGAGCUUUAUGGAUGUUUGUUUCUCUCUGUGUGCUAAAAUGAGUUGGCUGCUGACAGUUCCAUAUUUAUAAGAGUGGUAUCAGUAUUCUCAUCCAGCUCUGUCUGAAAACCUAUUUCCAAAAAUGUGAAAAUUUAAAUAAAGAUUUUUUUUUUUUGGUAUUUGUGCUAAAACUCCGCCAUCAUAUCAAAGGUUUCCUAUCGAUACUCAACCCUUGUUUAGACUUCACAAAAGAAAAUAUCAAUAUUGUUUAUGUCCCUUUAUUAAAAACAUUAAAUGUAAA